AUGUUAGCCUAUCUCCGUCCGUAUAUAAUCCUUCAUCUUCUCCCGUUCUCGUUCUCUCUUCGCAUCACUAACUCUGAGACUUCCAUCAACAUGACCGCCGAAUCAACAACCGUCGCACACGAAAAUAACGUCGCUCCGAUCGUGGAUCCGUCGAACGGUAACAUUAACGUUUCCUCGAAGAAAUCCCGUGAAAAAGACCGUCGCCGUCGCAGGCGGAAGCAGAAGAAGAACAACAAAGCAUCCCAGACCGAUGUAGAAGAAGCAGACGUCUCUGGUGCUUCUGAUUCCAAGGAAAACGCGGAUCCGCAGCAACAGGUCUCUGAGCAGAUUGUGAUAGAGUAUGUUCCAGAACAGGUCGAAUUUGAAGAUGGUGUUGACGACGAGACUAAGCAAAUCUUUGAGAAGUUCAACUUUUGGAAACCUGUUGCCUCUGAGGACGACGAUAAGAAAGAUGAGUCUGAGGAGAAAGAAGCUGUGAAAAAGAAUGAUAACUCAGAUUCAGACGCGGAGGAGCAGGAUAACCAACAAAAAGAGAAUGGCAUGUCUAACAAGAAAAAAAAGCUUGAACGGAGGAUGAAGAUUGCUGAGCUGAAGCAGGUCUCCGCUAGGCCUGAUGUCGUUGAGCUGGGUGGGAUUUUCCCUUUCUGCAAUUCUUCUUUUUGUUUUCGUAUGCAUUGUAGUGAUCUUGCUUUUAGAUGCACCUGGUUUUGUAGUACUCCUAGGAUUCAUUCAAGUUUCUUUGCGUUUAAGGCUAUUAUAUUGUUUGCUCUUUCUUUCUUAAGUUGUUGGCAUCUCAGCGAGGUUUUAAUUUUGCAGGGAAAGCGUGGUAUAGAGAAGCAGCCAUUUCAUCUCCCUGAUUUCAUUGCUGCAACCGGAAUUGAGAAAAUCAGACAGGCUUACAUUGAGAAAGAGGAUGGUAAAAAGUUGAAGCAAAAGCAACGGGAGCGAAUGCAACCAAAGAUGGGAAAGAUGGACAUUGACUACCAGGUCCUCCAUGAUGCAUUCUUCAAAUACCAAACAAAGCCAAAGCUGUCAUCUCUUGGGGAUCUGUAUUUUGAAGGGAAAGAAUUUGAGGUCAAACUGAGGGAAAUGAAACCAGGGACUUUGUCACAUGAAUUAAAAGAAGCUCUUGGUAUGCCUGAAGGAGCUCCUCCCCCAUGGCUAAUUAAUAUGCAGAGAUAUGGUCCUCCCCCUUCGUACCCACAUCUGAAAAUUCCUGGUUUGAAUGCUCCUAUACCACUUGGAGCUAGCUUUGGUUACAUUCCUGGUGGCUGGGGGAAACCUCCAGUUGAUGAAUUUGGGCGUCCAUUGUAUGGAGAUGUCUUUGGUGUCCAGCAACAAGAUCAGCCUAACUAUGAGGAUGAGCCUAUUGAUAAGAGCAAGCACUGGGGUGAUUUAGAGGAAGAGGAAGAAGAAGAGGAGGAGGAGGAAGAAGAGGAACAAGACGAGGAGAUGGAUGAAGAGGAACUAGAAGACGGCAUCGAAUCAGUUGAUACACUCUCAAGCACUCCAACUGGCAUAGAGACACCAGAUGCAAUUGAGCUUCGUAAGGAACAGAGAAAGGAACCCGACAAGUCUCUAUAUCAGGUAAUCGAAGCAAAGGGAGAGAGUGUUGCUCCUGGAGCAGUACUGGCGCCCACAUUCACAUACGUUAUUAAAACUGGUACUCAAGACAAGACGGGAGCUAAAAGGGUUGAUUUGCUGAGAGGACAAAAGACAGAUCGUGUGGACAUCAGUUUACAGCCAGAUGAGCUGGACGCUAUGGAAGAGGUUUUGCCUGCCAGGUAUGAGGAGGCAAGAGAAGAGGAGAAAGUACGCAAUAGACCAGAGGACUUCAGUGACAUGGUGGCUGAGAAUUCGAAGAAAAGAAAGCGUGAUAAGGAUGGCAAGAAAAACAAGAAGGAUUUCAAGUUCUGA